ACAGUCAUAGUUCAUUCACCUCUGAAGUCUUGACAGCCGCGACAAGCUAGAAUAGCACCACACCAACCCUAACAUGAAUAGCGACAACUUUUCCUUGAGUGAGAAGAUUGUGUCGUCUUCCUACAUACGACAGGGAUCCCAAGCUCGGCGCAGCCAUGAACAGCUGAUCAGAAUUCUACUGGAACAGGGUAAGUGUCCAGAGGAGGGCUGGGAUGAGAGUACCAUUGAGCUGUUCCUAAGUGAGCUGGCGGUGAUGGAUAGCAACAACUUCCUCGGCAACUGCGGCGUUGGGGAACGGGAGGGCAGAGUAGCAUCCAGCCUGGUUGCCAGGAGAAACUACAGACUCAUCCAUGGUAUCGGGCGGUCAGGGGACAUUGCUGCUAUCCAGCCAAAAGCAGCUGGCUCCAGUCUCCUCAAUAAGCUCACCAACUCAGUAGUACUUGACAUCAUCAGACAAACUGGUGUGCGUAGUGCCUCCAGUUGUUUUGUCGUUCCCAUGGCGACGGGUAUGAGUCUGACGCUGUGCUUCCUGACACUACGUCACCGGCGACCGGGGGCCCGAUACAUCCUCUGGCCACGCAUCGACCAGAAGUCCUGCUUUAAGGCCAUGGUGACCGCAGGUUUUGAGCCGGUGGUGAUAGAGAAUGUUCUGGAGGGCGAUGAGCUGCGUACGGAUGUGGAGGCUCUGGAGAAGAGGAUCGAGGAGCUGGGGGCCCCCAACAUCCUGUGUAUCCACUCAACCACUUCCUGUUUCGCACCCCGCGUACCCGACAGGUUGGAGGAGCUAGCAGUUCUCUGUGCUAAGCAUGAUAUUCCCCACGUGGUCAACAACGCUUACGGAGUGCAGUCAUCCAAAUGCAUGCACCUUAUACAACAGGGUGCCCGUGUGGGGAGGGUGGACGUCUUCGUGCAGAGUCUGGAUAAGAACUUCAUGGUGCCAGUGGGGGGCGCCAUAAUCGCCGGCUUUGACGAGGCGUUCAUCAAGGACAUCAGCAAGAUGUACCCAGGUCGUGCGUCUGCGUCUCCAUCUCUUGACGUGCUCAUCACUCUCCUCACACUUGGAGCCAGUGGAUACAAGAAACUACUGGCAGAACGCAAGGAGAUGUAUAGCCACCUGGCUAAGGAGCUGAGUACGCUCGCCCAGCAGCACGGAGAGAGACUGCUGAACACACCCCACAACCCCAUCUCCCUAGCCAUGUCUCUGAGUGGUCUGCAGGCUCAUAGUGACCAGGCGGUGACUCAGCUGGGCUCCAUGCUCUUCACACGACAAGUAUCCGGAGCCAGGGUGGUCCCCCUGGGUGUGGAGCAGACGGUGAGCGGCCAUGUUUUCCGAGGCUUCAUGUCACACAGCGAGGCGUACCCCUGCCCCUACCUCAACGCGGCCUCAGCCAUCGGCAUCACCCGGGCCGACGUGGAGCUGUGCAUCAAGCGCCUUGACAAGUGCCUGAAAAGCCUAAGGAAGAGUGGCGGCGCUGGGGACGGUGGGGCCACAGCGCCAUCCAGUGGUGUGGAGGAUAAUAAGGGCGAUCAGGGCAGUGUGGCAUAACAUUUGUACUGACAAACACACACACACAUACACACACUUACGAACAUACUGUACAAACACACAUCUAUACAACAUAAAAACACACAAAAUAUGCUUGUAUAAUGCCACACGCACACACACACACACACACACACACACACACACACACACACACACAAACGCAGGUGCAUUAUGUCAGUGUUUCCCAACCUUUUUUGACUCGUGUACUCCCUAAGCCUUUCUGUUGUACCAUGAGUACCCCAAUCCCAGGCUCUCUAUAUAUUCCUUUAUCCCAGUGUGACUAUACUCUAUUCAAUUGUCAUUAUCACAUUUUUCCGCGUAUCCCCUGAGGUAUGCUCGCGUACCCCUAGUGGUACACGUAGCCCUGGUUGGGAAACACUGCAUUAUGUCAUUAGGGCAGGUUUGGAGCUGUGCAUCAAGUGCCUGAAGAGCCUGAGGAAGAGUGGUGGCUACGGUGACGGUCGGGCCACAGCGCCAUGAAGUGGUGUGGAGGAUCAGGGCAAUGCAGCGGAAUCCUAUGGCUUUCAAUACACAUUAGGCACUGUAGGCUACAUACAAACCUGCAUUUAUACAACAUAUAGGCCCAUAAAAUACACCUCUCACAUGUUAAUCCAGACACACAUACAGUACAUGCACACAUAUUGAUGAACAUAUUGUAUACACACAAAGACUUGCAUGCACGUUCACAUCCUUACACACAUACAUGUACACAUACCACUAAGUCAUACUUUCCGCAACACUCAUUCUGUAACACAGAUUCACAUUUACACAAAUCCUAUGCAGUCACUACCCAGUCAUACACUCUCUCUCACACACACACACACACACACACACACACACACACACACACACACACACACACACA